GAUAGCGUAGUACUCGAGGAGCAGAACCGCGUGUAUCGACCGCUGACGUCAUCCAUCCCCACUAAGCUACGUCACGUAUACGCUUCGUCGUCGGAGUGGAGAUUGACGCAGUGCCGUGUGAUCUCGUUGGCGCAUUAAAUCCAUCAGCUUAAACGCCUUAACUUUGCCUUAAACUUGAACCAAUAGACUUGCACGACGAUCGAUCGAUACCAACAGCUUAAUUCUUCGUACUUUUUUAACGCAUUUCUCCGCAUGAUCAACUAAUAUUUGCGAUAGAAUAGGUCGCUCCGACGGUACAAAUAUACAGGAUUCCUUUAAAUUUUCUAACGAUGUCACGGCAUUUUAAUACGUAUAAGGGAUGAUAAUCGAUUAUUCUGUAAGUCUAAAUUCUAUUUUGUAAGUCUAUAUGAUAGAGUCGAAAGCAGGGAACGUAUAAAAACAACCAUAUAUUCUUUAUUAUUCUCUUCGGAAUAAAAGAAAUAAAUAAAUGAUAAACUAUUAUGUGCGCGUAUCUAAUAUACCUACGUCUUAUUGUACUCGCGUUAAUGCAGCCAAAUACGACUUUUACAAAUAUAUAAGAGCGUAAAACACACACAAGAGGGAAAACAAGACGAUCGUUCUUUCGACGUCAUCUAGAAUCUUGCUAAAAAUAGAAAAUCGUCUGAAAUAUUCAAAGUCGAUAUACCGUAACGCGAGGGAAAGGCACGUGCUUAGAUUACGUCAAGAGAACGGUAUGAUACGGUCCUGAGGCCAAGGGAGGCUGAGUACAAAAGUAUUGAUCCGCUUUGCCACCACUCUUGGCGCAGCAGUUACUCCCACCGCUUCGCGUCUCCGCUGCCGCCGCCACCACCGCCGCCGCCGCCGCCGCCGCCGCCAUCACCCCCGUGCUCAUCGUCGUCCUCGUCAUCGUCGUAUCUUCUCGUAGCUUCCCUCUGCGUUUUCCAUCCUUGCUCGGCCUUUCCCGCCCUUUCUAGAACGUCGAGAGAGAGAGAGAGAGAGAGAGAGAGAGAGAGAGAGAGAGAGAGAAUUGACGAGCGGGAAACUUCGCCCUCGAUUUUUCUCAUAGAAUGGUAACGCGCUAUCGUGAAGCCUCUCUCUCUCAUGUAGAAGCAAGCGCAAGGAGAAACAAGACCCUUUGUUAUUCUUCCCUUCGUUUGUUUUGCUCAUUACCCACCUUUCUAGCACUACUAGAGCCCAUCGAUAUUCCAUUACGCGACACGACCUCGUGAAAGAAACCAAUUAAGACACGAUGCGGGCAAAUAUCUUGCCAAUUUUGUGUCGCUAAAGUAAAAAAAGUAAGGGAAAAAAGAUUUAUUAUAAAAAUAUUACGUCGAUCAAGCUGGAUCAAAAAAGAUCAAAGUCGCAACGCGAACUUUAAACUUUUCUUUUCUUAAAAGUUUCUUCGAUAAAACGCAUAAGAGGAAGAAUCUCGUAUAUAUCGUAGAAAGAAAGAAAACGUCGGAUGACGUUGCUCGUUAGGCGAAUUGUAAAACGUUAUAAUUAUUCGACAUCGUAUCAGGCUGUAAUAGUAGAAUUCGUUUCGCACGUACCUACUUCUGAGCUAUCGGACACGUGGCUCGUGGUGAGACACGUGUCACGAUGCCAUGAUGUCGCAGUUCCACCCGAUUUCCCUCCGCUCUCCUCUUCUAUCUGUUCUUUUUUUCUUGUUUCCUAAUUAUAGGGAUUUAAGCAGCUCCGAGGCACGCCAUCGUGCGGCUCAGGUAUAAGUGGUACGUAAAGUUCUCCCGCGUGUUAACGAUAAAGAAAGAAGAGCGGGUUCUAAGAUCUAUCUAAGUGGGUAAGUGUACUCGGAUAUGUUAAGGAUCGUAUCGCGAUCAAGGCAUCGCGAUUGAAACGUAGGGCCCUGACACGGGCUUGACGCAAGGUUGUGACGCAUCGGUAGCGGCAAUUGGUACGACAGAAUCGACGCGAAACGAGGAGAAACGAGUGCGGACGGAGGCGGCGUGUGGGUGUCUCUGUAGAUAUAUACAAGCAUCGCUUCGAUGGGGUCGUUAAAAUUAACGAGCGUAUUCUCGGCUUCUCAAAAGUGUCGCGAGCUUACAUUUGUCACGCACACCGAUCGCCGACAUUUGCAUUGCCGAGAAUAUGCGUUUUUUCCGUAAUACGAUACCCACGCGACGUUCAACUUAGGAACGAAGCAAGUGGCAAAAGUAGUAAGGGGAGCCGAACCGAAAAAAAGGAAUAGGAAUGUUGAUACGGCCGUUAACCCUUUUAACCAUGGCCCAACGAAUACCAUGAGUCUCAAAGAGGCAACAAUAAGGAAGGAUUAUUCUUAUCUAUUAUUCUUCUCGAACGAGUAAUCGGUUCGUACGAUCGAAUUUCCUACCGUCGAAUUUCCAAUCGAUAUUCGACCAUUGCCGGAGGAAUAAUCGAAGGACGGUCGAUGUCGAUGGGAAUAUCUAACGAUACGGUAACGAUAAUGCGCUUUCCUCCAACGAUCGUAUUCUCUCUCUCUCUCUCUCUCUCUCUCUCUCUCGGGAACGAUUCGUGCGACCUUUCGCGCAACCAACUGAUUUUUAUCGCGGCGUACGUUACACCGCUAAUUUCUUACGAUACUCGUCGAUAGCAGGCGGGAGGGAGAGAGAAAGUAGGAAAGAGCACGAAGGGGCCUCGCUUUCGUAAAGCUAACGAUCCGUAAGUCUGAAACGAGCUCGAGCAAGCAGCCGGGCUUUUUCGGUCGAGGGUUGCCGCGCGCGAACUAUUCCAUAAGAGCAGACGCUUGGAAAAAAUAUGCUGCGGAUACGCGUAAAUGGUUGCCCAUAUAUAUCCUUGCCCUAUACGAUGCCCUAGAGCAUACGCUAAAAACGCGAGAUGUUGCAGAAAUCCUUGUGCUCCUUAUUGUUCGCCAAGAGUUUCGAGGAGGACUCUGCUGGUGUGAACCAAUCGCGUCGCCAUCGAAUUUCUUGAAUUUCCUCUAAUUCGCUCCUCGUUUUUAAGCAAGUCCUCUCCCAUGGCUCUCUUUACAGCGAACGUUUGACGCAUAAAUAGCAGAGAUGCGGGUGCAUCGUCUCUCCUCGUAAGCUGCCUCGUAGACUGCCUAGUUUCCUUCCCAACUCCCUCGAAACUCGUAUACUCCCCUGCGGAAGUAUCUAGAUAGAGGCUAUGUACGCUGGCACGUCGUGUGGCUUUUGCUAAACAACCAAAGAUACAUUCAACGAGCGAAUAAAUCUUUUAUCGCGCGAAGGUUUGUUGCACGUUCAACGAUCGGACGAUCUCGUAAUUCCGUAACAGAAAAAAAAAGAAACGUACGAGGAGCAUCAGUAGAAAAGCAUCGUCCAAUUAAGAGGUUCUCUUUCACUCGCGCGGAUUUAACGUGACAUCAAAGAAAUCCAUGCAUCAUAUCCAGGCCCGUCGCGACGACAGCUGCAUUUUCCCGGCGAUUUCUUAAAAACAUCGUCGCGUCGCGAGGUUGCCUCCGGGGGCGAAAAAGAAAAAUGUCAGAGAGAGCGAGCGAGUGAGCGAGCCUUUGAGAGACACCGAGAGACGAUGACAGCUGCGCGUCGUUGUCGAUCAACAACGUUCUUUCUGCUUCUCGACGAAAGUGGCUUCGUUCGGUGACCGGUAACUCGAUCCAAUCCAUUCCAAAUCUACCAAAAUUUAUUUCCUACAACGACGAGACAGAAUUACCUCUCAAAGUCCACCCUCUCUGGUCUUAUUUCCGAUACGUGUUGCAACUCGGUGUAAGGCGUGCACGAACGAACGAACGAACGAACGAACGAACGAACGAACGCGAGCAGAUUUAUCAAAUAGGCGCGAGACACGCUUAAACACAUGUACAUUGUAAAAACAAGGGAGCACUUUUAAUCGAUAUAACGAAGCUUUUAACGAGUACAAAUUCCCUCCUCCCUCCGCUCUUUUUCAUUUUCUUCUACCAAUCUUAUUUUCUACUUCGAAUGCAUCGCUCGACGAUAUCUGUGAGUGUCAUAAGUGUUAAUGCUCAUCGUUAAAAGCAUAUCGAGUCGGCAUUCAAAACGAGGAAGAGCCGAGUUUAAAAUCCAUCGACGCGAAAAGCGCAUCCUAGGCUCGCGCUUGUUUUGCGCCACACUAUUGCGCUUUCUCCGUCAUCUUUGCUUCCUCUUAUCUCCUACGAGAAAGUAACGAUGUUUUUUAGAUGGACGACGAGUCAAAUCGGCGAAGUUAAUGCAUCCACGCACGACGACGGGAUUAUUCCGAGCAAUUUUCAGGUUCUAGUAAUAAGCGCUAAGAAAUAAUCGGUGCAAACUAUCAAAGGAGCUUUAACUAAGGAAUAAAAUUAAUCGACGAUUCGCGAAAUUAUUCGCGAUAAGUGGUAAAGUGCAUGAACGAAUACGAGUUUCCAGGUCGACGGCACGUAUUCGUCGACAUUUUCACGUCGUAAUAAUCAAGCCAGAGAGAAGAAUUCAUCCGAUGGAUCGCAUCCGCGACAAACCCCGCGCCCGUUCUUUCCCUUUCUUCCGUCUCCUGUCCCCUAUUUACGGUCUAUUUUCAUGAAAUAAUAACACGGCUUAUGCGUAACUGUCAGUUAGUUAAAAGCGAUAAAUAAACAAGGCGAGCUCGCGGCUGGCAUUUCCUUCGAGGCUUUCCAUUCGCAACAGGAUGAUGUCGCGUUCUCACGGACACGGAGAAUGAAAAUUUCGUUUCAUAAUCGGCCCGAACGAAUCAACGAAGAACGAAUAACGUCGAACGACCGUGCAUAAUUGUGCUCCGAUUUGACAUCGUCCAAAGCGGACGAAAACUUCCGUUAUCGAAGGUAAACUAAUUUUCACAAUAUUUACAACGUAGGUAUAAUACGUUAUUAUAAUAGAGCGGCCUAUUUGUUUAUCUUGUGCUCGUUCGAACGAACGAGAGUACGACGUCCUUGGGACGCGGUUCGAUGCGGUCCGACGCGCGAUGCCUAUCUACCGUAUAAAAACAGGCCCGAGCCAGGAUUUUUUCGCAAAACUCUGCGUGUUAAAGCCGCAAUGGCGAGGUUACCGGUGGUCCUCCUUUUCCUGAUAUCUCCGCCUUUUCUCGACAACGGAGAUGCUCUGAUACAAGACGGCUUAUCCAAGUUAUUGUUCGGCUCCCUGGCUACGAUAAAAAACGUAAGGAUCCCCGAGUUACUGAAUCAAUUGUGCAACGAAUCGCAAGGCGCCAACGUUACGCUGCGCGAUGCCUGUUACGGUUGCUUUUAUAGGGCGAGCAAUCAACCAACGGGAUAUCCCUUGCUAUUAAGUAUGUCCGCGUGCGCGGACAUGUACCUGAAUAAUACCGAUUACGGUCACUGCCAAACCUAUCUGAGAAAUGCGACGAAUAAUUUGAACAACCGUGUCGGUCCUGUUACGAUCUACUGUACCUUCCUCGAGUGCAUUCGGCAAGUGAACAAGGACACGCUGGACGCUUUGCGCGCAACCAUAAGGGAAGAAGGAACAACGACGGGCCGGAAAGCACGAAGGAGGAAUUCCGGCUUUAUAAUAAAAAUAUAUCCUCGCACUUUGAGAGCCGUUUGCGCGUUCAGAGAACAGCAAAACACCGAUUCCAUUACCGUACGACCCGGAGCAGAGCCCAUCGAUCCCAGAACGAAUCCUGCAAGUCCUCGAAAAUCCCAAUUAGAAACUUUUGUCUCCGACGCUUUAAUUACAUGCACCAAGAGCCAACUGUAAUAAGUCCCCUUGUAUAUAGGCGCAUACGUACGUACUCACGUACUUACGCGUACGUAGAUGGUGGGGUGUAGAUAGGUAUACGAUAAUCCCAUCCCAUGGAAUGCAUUGUAUAAAUAACAAAAAAGCUGUAUGUAUGUAUGUAUGUAUAUAAAAGUCCUUUUAUACGA